AUGGCUACAAAUGAUGAACAAGUUGCUAGAGGUGGAAAAAAGGUUAUUGAUCUCAAUAUUGGAUAUCCUAGUGAAGAAUGUAGUAGUCAUGAAUGCUCGGGUAUCGACUUUAGUACAGACACUGAAUUAGAUAUGAUCAGAGAUGACAUUAUUGAAGAUGAUAAUGUAUUAAGAGGUGAUCAAAAUCCAAAUGAAUGUAAUGGUAUAUCCUUAUAUGAACCAACACCCACAACAAUUAAAGAGCCACUAGUACCACCUAGUGUAGGCAUGACAUUUGGAUCUUAUGAGGAAAUAAUCAGUUACUACCAUGAAUUUGGAAGACAAAAUGGGUUUCAAAUGAAAAUUAGAAGUCGGGAAAAUGUUAAAGGAAUCGACAGCGGAAAUGGCAAUGAUUGCACAAGGUUGAGAUUAGCAUGUACGAAAGAAGGAAAAUUCAAUUCCAGAGAGAAAGAUCCAUCAAAAGCGGCACACACUCAGAUUACUGGUUGUAAAGCUAAGAUUACUGCCUCAGUUGACAAAAAUGCUAGCAGAUGGAAGCUCACUACUAUAAUUUUGGAGCAUAACCAUCCUUUGGAUCCCUUAAAUUCUAGAUUCAUGUCCAACUAUCGAUUUAUUAGUCCACACAACAAGAAGAUUAUUAUGACAAAUGAGAGGGCAGGAGUACCUAUUAGCAGAAAUUAUGCCACAUUUGUUGUGCGUUAUGGAGGAUUUGGAGCUGUUCCUUUCUCCGAAAAAUAUUGUAGAAAUUUAGUGAGCAAACAUAGGCGAUUGUGUCUUCAAGAAGGAAAUUUUGCUGCCACGGAGAAACAUUUUAUUGAGAUGUCUUCCAAAGACAAAGAUUUUUAUUACAUGUACGACACAGACGAUGAUGGCACACUUAAAAAUAUCUUUUGGGCUGAUGGAAGGUGUAGAGCUGCAUAUCGAGACUUUGGAGAUGUUAUAUCAUUUGACACCACAUACUUGAGGAAUAGAUAUAAGAUGCCAUUUUUCCCAAUCAUAGGUGUGAAUCAUCACAAUCAAUCAAUCUUACUUGGAUGUGCUCUAAUUUCUGGAGUGGAUACAAUUAACUAUGUUUGGUUGCUUAAGACGUGGCUAGCAUGUAUGUCCGGAAAAGCUCCAAAUUGUAUUAUAAUUGAUCAAUGCAUGGCUAUAGGUAAUGCAAUCAAAGAGGUUUUUCCUAAUACCAAACUUCGAUGGUGUAUUUGGCAUAUUUUGAGAAAUGCAAAAAAACAUCUAAAUUUUCAUGAAGCAAGAGAUGAUAUUCGUAAGGCAUUGAAACGUGCUCUCCAUGAUUCUCUUCAUGUUGAAGAGUUUGAAAAGAAUUAUGGAGAUAUGUUGGUAAAAUAUAAGUUGGAGGAUGUUAAUUGGUUUAACGAUAUGUAUGUUCUAAGGCAUAGAUGA